AUGACUGGAGUGGGGUUUGAAGAGAGUGAGUCUGAAGGAUGGCUUGACGAGUCUGUUUCACCAACAGAGGGAGCUGAUGCUGCUGCUGCUGGUGCUGCUGGUGCUGCUGCUGCUGUCCUAGAUGCUGUAGGCUUAGCAUUGGGUGGUUUUCCCAAGGUGGGGCGAGAUAUUGUGGGGCUGAAGAAACGGAAUGGGGAGAGUGAGCGAGGGCGAGAGGAUUUGUGGGAGGAAGAGGGAGAAGAGGAGGAGGAGGAGGAGGAGGAGGAGGAGGAGGAGGAGGAGGAGGAGGAGGAGGAGGAGGAGGAGGAGGAGGAGGAGGAGGAGGAGGAGGAGGGUGUGGCAGGGGCAGUGGUGUUAUCAGAAACGGAGCUGACAUUGGGUGCAGCAGCGGAUGUUCCCGCCGAUGCUCGAGAUGUCCUUUGA